CCUACACGGUGCUUGCGGGAAGCGGGCGCUGAGUGGAUGGGGGCUGCGGCCCGGAUGAGGAGCGGAGAAAAGGCCCGGCCAACUAAGCCCCCCCCCCCCCGUUCUCCGCUGGCUGAUAGCAGCGAGCCCGUUUCCCAGGCCGGUUUAGCUUUUUCUUGGGCAGAGCGAGAAGGCCAAGAGCUGGAAGAACGGCCUGUCUGAAGAUGUCUUCUGGGCUCAGGACAGCGAGUUUCCCAGCCUGGAAGCGCCACAUCUUGGAUGAGCUCAGACGACGGGAUCGGCUCCAGAGGCAGGCUUUUGAAGAGAUAAUUUUGCAGUAUAACAAAUUGCUGGAGAAGUCAGAUCUCCAUGCAGUGCUGGCUGACAAGCUACAAGCAGAAAAAUAUGACUUACCAAGCCGCCAUGAGAUCAGUCCAGGACACGAUGGGUCAAGGAAUGAUGCUCACUUGCAAGAAAUAGCCCAGCUAAGAAUUAAACAUCAAGAGGAACUGACAGAGCUACACAAGAAACGUGGCGAGUUGGCCCAAUCGGUGAUAGAUCUAAACAACCAAAUUCAACAAAAGGACAGAGAAAUGCAAAUUAAUGAAGCAAAGAUUGCGGAAUAUUUGCAAAGAAUAUCUGAGCUAGAAACAGAGUGUCAGGAACUGCGUAACAUGCUGCAAGAUCUUGAACGAGCCAAUCAGACUCUUAAGGAUGAAUACGAUGCUCUUCAGAUUACCUUCACAGCGCUAGAAGAGAAAUUAAGAAAAACAACUGAAGAUAAUCAAGAAUUGGUGACUCGUUGGAUGGCAGAGAAGGCUCAGGAAGCUAAUCGUCUCAAUGCAGAAAAUGAGAAAGAUUCAAGAAGGCGACAGGCCAAGCUUCAGAAAGAACUAGCGGAAGCUGCCAAGGAGCCACUGCCAGUUGAACAGGAUGAUGAUAUUGAAGUGCUUCCAGAUGAAACCUCAGAUGCAGCUGAGGAUACGUCUCCAGUCCGUGCUGUCAGCCGGACAGCCAGUAAGCGACUUUCCCAGCCAGCUGGAGGCCUUCUGGACUCUAUCACUAAUAUCUUUGGUCUGUCUGAGUCUCCCCUUUUGGGACAUCACUCUUCUGAUACUGCCAGGAGGCGCUCUCAGUCCUCAAUUUCCAUCCCACAAGAUAAUGUUGAUAUGCACCCGGGUACAAGAAAAGAAGUGCGAGUUCCUACUACUGCAGUGUGUGUCUUUGAUGCUCAUGAUGGAGAGGUGAAUGCAGUUCAAUUCAGCCCUGGCUCUCGGUUACUGGCAACAGGUGGCUUGGACCGGAGAGUGAAACUCUGGGAAGUCUACGGAGACAACUGUGAGUUUAAAGGUUCUCUGUCUGGCAGUAAUGCGGGUAUAACAAGCAUAGAGUUUGACAGUGCUGGCUCUUACCUAUUAGCAGCUUCAAAUGACUUUGCCAGUAGGAUUUGGACUGUAGAUGAUAACCGGUUACGGCACACGCUCACAGGGCACAGUGGAAAAGUCUUGUCAGCGAAAUUCCUGUUGGACAAUGCACGCAUUGUAUCUGGGAGUCACGACAGAACGCUCAAGCUAUGGGAUCUGCGCAGCAAAGUCUGUAUAAAGACUAUAUUUGCCGGCUCCAGCUGCAAUGAUCUGGUCUGCACAGAACAAUGUGUGAUGAGUGGACACUUUGACAAGAAAAUUCGCUUUUGGGAUAUUAGAACUGAGAGCACUGUGCUAGAAAUGGAACUCCUUGGUAGGAUUACAGCUCUAGAUCUGAACCCAGAGAGAACAGAGCUUCUCUCUUGUUCUCGAGAUGAUUUGUUGAAGAUUAUUGAUCUUAGAGUCAAUGCUGUUAAACAGACUUUCAGUGCCCAAGGGUUUAAAUGUGGGUCUGACUGGACCAGAGUUGUAUUCAGCCCAGAUGGCAAUUAUGUGGUGGCUGGCUCAGCAGAUGGUUCCCUGUAUAUUUGGAAUGUGCUCACUGGGAAAGUGGAGAAAGUGCUCUCCAAGCAUCACAGCAACUCUAUUAAUGCUGUGGCAUGGUCACCAUCUGGAGCCCAUGUGGUCAGUGUGGAUAAAGGAAACAAGGCUGUCCUGUGGUCUGACUUUUGACUCAAAGGUGCAGAUGCCAGUAUGCCAAAAACCUGCAUGGGAAAGCAGCAGUCUGUGUCUGGACAGGACUGAUGUUCCAGUCAGUGAUCUUUUGCUAAGUGUGUAGGUUUGACUCUAGGAAAGAACUCUGAUGCAGCAACCAAGGAAGGCAAGCCCUUCCACUCUAAAGUAUGCUUCUGGGAUUCAACCUUCAUGAAGGACUGGGUGCAGAACCAACUAGGCUUUAAGAUACACCGUUUGUGCACUGGAAAGAGUGUUUGUUACCAGGCAGCAGUGCCAAACAGUUCCUUAAACAAUUAUGUACCGCACUUCAUGCCUUGGGGUGCUUUAGCAACGUUCCUGUGUAUCCUGAUGUUAUGCAUGUACUGUCACCUGUGUUCUCUUCUGUGGAUUAACUAAAGAUAUGAGGUAAAGAGUCCUGAAACAUAAUAAGGGGUGGGUCUCAGCUGUGAUGUUACUUGGUUUGGGCAGUUGUGUUCACAGUGCCUCCAGCACUCAGUGAAUCACAGCUCCCUGCAUUGGCUUGGCCUGUAAUAGGGGGACCUGCCAAUUCUGCAGUGAUGAUGCAUCUUCCAAAGCCUUUCCAGGUAGCAGCGGAACAGAAGCUUUUUAAUUUGACCCAGUUAUGUCUUGGGUUCUACUUGUGGGCAGUGACUACUGCUGUGGUGAAGAAGAAUGUAUUAAAAACAUGAUUUCAGCACCAAAUACUCAAUUAUUUCCAUUGUCCUUCUGUACCAGAGCCUCAAGCACAGAAGAGUGAGGAGAAAUAGAGCUCUGAAUGUAAAUGUUCUGGUGGUGGCAAAUCCAGAUAGCUCACCUACAUGUGCAAUAUUCUUCCUGUGCUGGAGCUCUCCCUUUGCCAAUGAGCAGACUUGUACCACUAUCUCCUGGCAAUCAAAUGCACAGUAUGGUUUGGGGAGAACUAAGAUGUGCCAUUGAGCAUUCAUCCAGCCAAACAUUUUUCCAUGUUCAGUGGGCCUCAAGACAAGCCACCAGCAUUUAAUUGCCUUUUAAUUUGCACUUUAAUUUUGCUUCCUUCCUAAACUUGUUUUGUAUGGAAGUGCGUUUGUAUUGAAGGGCAGAGGUGAGCAGAAAUUCUCUUUGUGUCUGGACCUCUUCAUUUUUGACAAUUUCUGCUAAGGAAAACAGGUCAACCCUUAUUUAUUGUAUUAAUCCGCCCACUAGUACUUGACUGAUUAUAAAUAAACCUGUGUCCUGCUUCUAAAUC